UGUUUCUAUUACCUCUGCUCUAUAACACGAGAGCAGCUUCACACCAUGUUUGUUCUGGGUCUGUUCACAUGUAUCGUGCUGAGUGCAUUCAGUGCUCAGGCAAAAGUGGUCCUGAGCUUUGAUGAGUGUAAAGGGUUCUUCUACAAAGACAAAGAACCAGAAGGACUGGAUCAGAAUGCCAAGAAAAUCUGUCAGAUGCUUGAUUAUGAUAACUACUAUUACGCUUCACUGUACUCCGUUCAUCACAGGAUCCCUCUCUACAGCGCCUACACAUUUGACCCUGACUGCUCAAACACUGCUGGAAGAACAGAAAACUGGCACAUCGAGCCACAGAUUUCCCAACCUGAAUCCCGAACUGAUCAUAUGGUCAAUGAGAGGGACUCUGAUAAAAACAUUAUUAAAAAAUAUCAAGCCAUCAGCAGCGACUACAGCAACUCUGGAUAUGAUCGUGGACUCCUGAACCCCAACAGCUUUCAUUGUGAAGAAGGUCGUAAAGCAACUUUCACACUGACCAAUGUUGCACCUAUAGAUGCAGGCUUUAACCGUAUCCACUGGAAGAACUGGGAGAAUGCGCUGAGGAGUUUCUUAAGAAGCAAGCUUGACAGUGAUGGUGGUUCUGCAGCAGUCUACACUGUCACAGGUACAGUACCUGGUGACGAUGCACAGAUACCACAGCGGGGAACCUCUGAAGACCCAGAAAGAGUGACGGUGCCCUCUCACAUCUGGACAGCCGUCUGUUAUAAACACCAACUUAAUGACUCAAAGUCAUUUUCCUUCGGUUAUAUUGGGAAAAACCAGCCGGAAGGUGACAUAAGCCUGAUGAGCAUCUCAGACCUGGAUGAUCAACUCAGCAGACUCUAUAGUAAGCUGUUAAAAACUCCUCAGUUAAUUAGGAUGUUUGUUGAUAAUUGUUUUGAUGACAGUAAAAAAUUAAAUGAAAUUAAGGGUGUAUUUGACAAACUAAUAAAUCUGCCAGCGAACCAAGGAGACCAGAUGGCCACAAAAGUGCAGAGCAUGUCUCACACACUGAAAAGGGUAGUCAGAGGUUCCUGGUACCCAUAUUUAACAGUUAGUGGGUCCCGGUGCAGGUCUGAUCACCGCUGUGGCAAACAUGGUGAGAAUUACUACUGGUGCUGGACCGAUUAUGGCUGGGACUACUGCAGCCCUCCACUGGUGGGAAGUAGAGCUAAAAAUGGGCAGUACUGCCAAAGCAACUACACCUGUGGCACAUAUGGUUAUGGAUAUAAGUGGUGCUACACAGACGAUGGCAGUAAUGACAUGUGCUGUACUUCUGAUAGCUGCCACUCAGCUGUGAAUGACAAGACCUGCUGGAAUUAUCACCCCUGUGGAUACCAUGGCUAUGAUUACCUGUGGUGCUAUACUGAUGAUAAAGCCAACUGGGAAUACUGUUGCAAAGACUGUGGUCAGUAGGCUUACAGUAUUACUUUGCCGAGUUGAUUGUGUACUUGGAGCACUUACUAACCUAGAAACAAAAAAUACUAUAAUACAAACAACAAGUUAAAACCCUCUGUUGAAGGAUCCAAGAAUUCUUCAUAGCAACCCGUGUGUGUUGCUAAAAAAGAGGAACCAUAUAUUUGUGUUGUGUUUUAGUUUCUUUCUUUUAUAUUCAUUCAUUCAGCCAUUCAUUUAUAAUCAUUUAUCAUUUAUUUAAUUAUUCCAUUUAAUCAUAUAAUCAUUUAUAUCAACCAUUUAAGCCAUUUAUGUACUCAUUUGAUUGAUUCAUUGAUUAACAGUCUUAUUUUCUUAUUUUUUUCCAUUGUUGUUUAAUGUUAAUUGUGUGGUUUCAAAGAUUUCAAAUUUGUCAUAACGAGUAAAUGAGAGAAUGUCUGUUUGUGAAACAGUACUUUUCCAUUGCUAUUGCUUGUACUAUAAUAAAACGUGCUGGAUUUGUGAUGGCCAGAAAACGUCUGAGCAUUGAAACAUACGCAACUAAGAUUAUUCAAUAAACUCUUC